AAUUACACAAACCAGUUGUGUUUUAGUAGCAUCAAUACCGUUUUCAUGUAAAGUGAAAGUGGGUCCUUUAUAAUCUGAUUUUUACGCUAAUAACUAAAGCUACUUAAGCCUAAAUAAUACUUUUACGGACAAGGAUAAAAACAUGGAUUUAUUUAGCAUUUUAUCGGUUGAAGCAUUUUUAUUCGUGCCGUUUGUCGUUUAUUUUUUAGUGUACGGGGGUGGAAGGAGUUUGUAUAAAGGAAGGGAUAUAUUCUACCCUAUUAAAUAUUACCUGGCUAAAAAAGUAGUAAAAUCCGUCCAACUAAAAAGCAAAAAAAUCAGAGAACCACUUUUAAGAGAUGGCCUAGAACCUGAAGUAACAUUUUCAACAAAACAGACUGCUUUCCACCAAAACAUCUCAGGUUGUGAUCAGAAAGGCAAUGCACUAAAAAUUAAAUUUUUGUUAUGGCCUAACAAAGUAGCGGAAGUAGUUUUAGUUUUAAAAUUGGCUGAUGGGAAAAUCUUCACUUUUCCAGGAUCACAAAAAGUUCAUAUUUCAAGUAUAAAGGAGAAUAAGUGGAAAAUCAAUGGGCUGAUAAUAGAAAAACUGGAGCCCUAUGCUAGACUAAGGGUAGUUUAUAAUGGGCUUUUGCAAGACAUUUCUUGCACCGCUCAGGAAAAAAUUGAACAUGUGCAGUUUAAUUUUAUUUUUAACUGUUGUGCUGCUCCACAAUUCUUCCCUGAGGAUUGCGAUACUGGAUUAUUGGCUGAAAGUUUAGCCACGAGCAGAUGGAAGGACAAGAGUUGGAAGGAAUUCUUAAAAAGACGUCCAAACGGCUACGAACAAUUCGGAAGUUUAUUUGGCUUAGUGAAAACAGAAUCGAAUCCAGACGAGCAGGUAUUGAACUUGCCAGCAUGUCGCUCGCUUUAUGGAGGUCCAGACGGUCGAAACGUUUUAGAAAAAGAAGUAAACAUAUUUUUGGCUGAUGAGUAUGGAGUGCUAAUUCGAUUAAAUUUACUUCUAUUGAAAGAUAGAGAGGCACAAUUUAAUUUUGGAUAUGUUUGCCAUAAGAGGCAAAACGUCACUUCUAUAGUUGACCAAGAUAUCCGUAUUGAAAGACCUGAAAAUUCCAACAUCAACAUUGCGCGAAUUAAAACAUCUGAUGGCGAGGAGUAUAUCUUCCACUUUAACCAGUGCGAUUUUGCUGAAUCCAGUCACAAGUUCCAAUCUGGGUGUGAACUUACGUUAAAACAUGCUCUUUGUGAUGUAAAUAAUAACCAAGGAAAAGCUUUGCUAGAGUUCCAGUAUUAUAAUGAUACAGCAAAUAUAUCCAUUCCGCAAUUAAGGCCAAUAUUAAGUGAAAGUAAAGUGGAAGUUCUUCCAGAAGAUUUCAUUGUUAGUAUUAAAAGUAACGAUGCUAAAAUUUUAGAUAUAACGGGGGGAAAAGGAAACUCGCUUGCUCUUCUAUCCACCAUAGACACUGAUCAAUUUUUGGUCCCCGAUGGUUUUAUAAUAACAAUAAACGCCUUUAAACGUCAAGUGUUUAAACAUGAUUUAUUGCAAGAUGCUAUGAAUAGUAUAAAUGACGCUUUUUGUGGCAAAAAUAGCCAAAAGCAUGAAGAAGUUUGUGACGAGGCUGUGAAGCUGUUUACAAACCAACCAAUUAUUCCAGAAAUCGCCAAAGAUAUCUUAAAUAAUCUGAACAUAGCUAAAAAAAAUUCCACUGGUGAUACCAUUGGUGUGGUCAGUUGGGCUGUAAGAUCUUCUGCUAUAGGUGAAGAUUCUGAAGAAUUAUCUGCUGCAGGUCAAAACGAAACUAUUCUGGGGUGUGUUACUGAAGAAGAAAUAUUGAAUGCAGUUGCCAAAUGUUGGGCUUCGUUGUUUACUUAUCAAAGUGUGCAAUAUAGAUGGCAACAUGGUCUUCCAAUAAUCACAGAUAUGGCAGUCGUAGUCCAAAAAAUGGUACCGGCAGAAGCGGCUGGAGUAUUAUUUACUUGGCACCCGACAACCUCAAACCCUUCCCAAAUGGUUAUAACAUCAAAUUUCGGGCUUGGAGAGAGUGUAGUUUCUGGUGAUGCUGACCCGGACACCUUCAUCUUAAACCGAACUUAUGAUGGACGAGUUUCUUUAUUUGAUCAGAUCAUCGGAGAAAAAGUUAAGGUUCUUUUAUUAACCGAGAAUGGAGUGAGCGAACUGGAUCAAACUGAAGAAAAUAAUACAUCUUUCGUGAUGGUUAAUAAAGUAAACGGCAAUUCUUGUAGUCUUACUGAAGAACAAGCGCUAAAACUGGGCAGAAUUGGAGUUAUGUUAGAAGAAGCGUUCGGUGGUCCAAGAGAUAUUGAAUGGGCAUUUUAUAAAGGCAACUUAUAUUUACUUCAAUCCAGACCGAUUACGACGUUAAAUUCCUGGUCAGAAUUCGAACUAACCCAUGAACACGAUUCUGUUAUUACUUCCGAAAAUAGUCUCUAUACGGUAGCAAAUACUGGAGAGGUUUUUCCCAUACCGUGUUCAUCCUUAUCACGAUCUAUCACACUAAAAUACUUGGAUGAGGGUAUGCAGCAAUUUAUUUACAAUUCUGUGGAUAAAUAUUCGCUGAAAUGUGUUUGUGUGUUUCAUCAUCGCGUGAUGCUCGAUUGUAUAUCGUCAAUUUUUAUGAACUCAAGAACUAGAAAUAUCGAUAUGUCCACGAAAGUUUUAGACUUGGCCAUCUUCGGUCAUCCCGUUAUAAAUGAAAAAAUAAAUUUUUUGGUGAGGAAAAGAUUAGGCCCCCUGCCUCCGUUUUAUACACUCAGAGAAACUACUUACAGAUGGUGGGCGACGAGAACUAUAGCGGAUGUGGUGGAACAAUCGACCAAUUUAGUAAAAAGCUUAGAUUUUAAACUGAGAGAUGACGAUGACGUACAAACGAUGUUUAAAAAAAUUAAUAAAGCUUCUUGUGCAAUUGAACAGACCGGUUAUUAUCAUGCCAGGACCACAACGGCUUCGGUGUUUUGGCAAAUGGUCUGUAUGGCUACCUUGGUAGGAAGAGAAAAAGAAUUUAAUACGAGACACUAUAGCGAUUUUGCCAACAUUCUGUCAUCAUGCGAGGACGUUGAGUCAGCAGAAGUUCCAAUUUAUUUGGAACAAAUUGCCCAAAUUAUAAGAGACGAGGGGUAUUUAGAAGAGUUUUGCUCCAUCAAGCCAGAACUCGGUGUACAAUGGUUACAAACGAAGUGUCCAGAAGCCUAUAAUCUAUUUGAAGAGUUCUUGAGUAAACAUGGACAUAGAUGCGUGGGCGAGUUUGACAUAAUAUCGGAAACUUGGUCCAUCAAUCCAUCCCAACUAAUUCCUAUGUUGCAAGCGAACGUUAAACAUUUCAGAGGUACCAAAAAGGAACAGAAAACUGUAGACGAAAUUAUUAAUAAUUUGGAAACUCCUGUUAAUUUUGUUACUAGAAAUAUAGUGCGUUAUGCCUUAUCAAAACUAAGAGUAGCAGUUGGGAAACGAGAACAAUCAAAGUCGAUGUUAAUCUUAUCGGUUCACAAGGCUAGACUUGCCUAUAGAAAAUUGGCCAAGGCUAUGGUGCGAGAUGGAUUAAUUCCCUCUGAAGAUUUGAUUUGUCAUUUUACUAACUACGAGCUGUCAGAGGUUAUUAAACAGAGAAAUCCGCUCUUGAUAAGCAAAGCAAUGAAACGUCAAAGACUUUAUACAAAAUGGAGCAAAUUGAAAUUUCCAGAAUUGUGCUAUGGAAUUCCCGAACCGGAACAGGAAUUAUUUACUCCAAUUGAUCUAGUGCCUGGAACUAAAUGCUUCGGAACUCCGGUGUGUAAUGGGGAAGUACAGGCGAGGGCCUGCGUGAUUACUCAUUUAGAUGAAAUUGGGGAAUUACAAAAAGGUGAUAUACUGAUUACAUACAGCACAGAUAUCGGCUGGUCUCCUUAUUUUCCCAUGUUAUCGGGUAUCGUUACUGAAUUGGGUGGACUCGUAUCCCAUGGUGCAGUCGUUGCAAAGUAAUACGAUAUUCCUGGUUAAAAAAAUCCUAUGUAGUUGUUUAAAACAGAAUGGGAAAUUAGGCAAAAUUUAAUAACACCGUUUAAAAUAAUCUUUUAUUCUUAUUUAUUUACCUAAAAUAUUACAUUAAUACAUUAAACAGUUUAAGGCCUUUUUAAUUGUUUUCAUUAUUUCUUGUUGUAUUUUUGGACGGAUACUGGACGCCGUAUAAAAAAAUAUAUAAUUACUAAAAUUGCACUCAAAACUUUAAAAUAUAAAAAUCGUUUAUAAAUAAAAGAGAAGUAAUGGUA